AGGCUGCUAUCUGUCAAUGUCAAGUGCCAAAUCAAAACAAAUCAAAUCAUAUUUUCUGUAAUAACAUUUUAAAAGAUUUAAAUCAUGUCGACAAACAAGGAACUUAAAGUUGUACAAUAUGUACCUUUCAAAUCUUUUGUACAUCCCUCUUUUUGGCACAGUUUUACUGAUAUUAAAUUGAAUAUUGAUAAAUUAGAAGAAGCCAAAAAAGAUAUUUACGGCCGUUACACAUACCGAGAAGAUGUUGGAACGGUGUUCGAAGUGGAUGGAACAUCCUUUAACAAGUUGCCGGAGACAGAACAACACUACAUCAAUGUAAAGGGAACAUUAAUCAAUGUAAAUAAAUUAGAGGACUUCAAACAUUCAGACAAAGGCAUUUUACUUAAUAACGCCGGAGAAGAAGUAUGGUUAAAUGUUAAAUCUAAGGCUUGGAUCACUGAGCCCAGUCGUUUAAUAAAUUUCUUUAUCUACUCUUACUCUGAUCUUAAAAAGUAUCGUUACUAUUACUGGUUUGGAUUCCCCUGUCCCAAUCAACCAACGGUAUACAUAAAUGAUGAACCAGUAUUAAUUACAACAAUUUUUAACGAACAACAACUCGAGCAACUGAAUAAAGGAUUUAAUGCUCUUGAUUUAACACAAAGACAUUACUUUACAAUCACAAAGAACACCGACUUUGUAACUGUUGAUUGUUUAUCAAAGAUUUUAGAUGCAAAGAAACAAGUGCAAAGUAAAAAUGAUAUUGAUCUGUCUAUUACAUACUUUGCAUUUACCGAUCCGAGCUGUAGUACAAGUCCUGGUUGGCCAAUGAGGUUAUUUAUAGCCGCUCUUUUGGACCAUUGUCCUGAUUUAUAUAAUACAGAGAUAAAUAUAAUAGGAUUAAGGUACAGUGCUAAUGGAAGCUUACAAAAAAGUCAAGUUUAUAAUGUUAAAAUACCACAGAUAUCGGAAACAAGCGGUGAAGGUGUGGGUUGGGUUGGCUGGGAAAGGAAUGAAAAGGGAGCUUUAGGUCCAAAACUAGCUGUUAUGUCUGCAUCUAUGGAUCCUAUAAAAUUAGCAGAAUCAUCUUCUGAUCUCAAUAUGAGGUUAAUGAAAUGGCGAUUAGUGCCCGAUCUUGAUUUGGAUGUGAUGAAGAGAACUAAAUGUCUCUUACUUGGUGCGGGAACUUUAGGUUGUCAUGUUGCCCGGAACCUUUUGGCUUGGGGAUUCCGUAACAUAACAUUUGUAGAUAAUGCCAAAGUGUCAUAUUCGAAUCCUACAAGACAAGUUUUGUACACACAUGAGGAUUGUCUAAACGGAGGAAAGAAGAAGGCGGAAGCAGCUGCUAAUAGUUUAAAAAAUAUUCUACCCACAGUUAACAGCAAAAGUAUAUUUGCUCAUAUACCGAUGCCGGGUUACCCUGUAGGUGAGGAUUUGAUGGAGGAGAUGUACAAUAACGUGAAGUUGAUAACAGAUGCGAUUGUGGAACAUGACGUUAUAUUUCUACUGCUAGACUCAAGAGAGGCUCGUUGGCUGCCUACUGUUAUUGCAGCGUUACAUAGCAAGAUAGUGAUAAACGCGGCUCUAGGAUUUGACAGCUACCUAGUGAUGCGGCAUGGCGUGGGGCUGAAUGCUGCAGACGCGGAGGGCGAAGGCCUACGUGCAGCGACAGUGCCCGGCGGCCGGCUGGGGUGCUACUUCUGUAAUGACGUCACCGCACCUGGCAACACGUUUGCAGAGCGCACGCUCGACCAGCAGUGCACAGUGACGCGGCCGGGAGUGGCCGCCAUUGCGGGCGCCCUCGCUGUUGAGAUGUUGGCUGCUUUGUUGCAACAUCCUCUGGGUGUGGAAGCACCAGCUGUUUACAAUCCGGAUAACAAAGAGAUAGAUUCUGGGGACGAUGGUGUUUUAGGAUCAAUACCACAUUCCAUUCGAGGCUUUUUACAUUCUUACCAGUCUGUUUUACCGACUUGUGCUAAAUUCAAGCAAUGUAUCGCUUGCUCUGAUGUAGUAUUGAACACUUACAAAGACAAGGGAACUGAAUUCUUAUUAAAAGUAUUCGAAAGCGGGAAACAUUUGGAAAGGAUUACUGGAUUGGAGGAAUUACAUAAAAGUGCUGAAAUGAGUGAUAUGCUGGCAUUUUCUGACGAUGAAGAUCAAGAAAAUAUCGACAAUGAAUGAUCUCAAUUUAUGUAAAAGUAAUAAUAAUAUUUUAUCUUGCAUUAUAACGCAGCUAUUGUUAGAUGAAUUAUAUGAAGAAAAAGCUUACAAGUUUUAGAGCAUUUUCACGUAACUAAGCUUUCCGUAACUUUGCGAGUUGCUACAUU